CCCCGCGGCGCAUUGUGGGAUCCGUCCGCCCCACCGGAGCGGUACGUGGCGCUAGGUCAUGGGGAUCCAGCCGAGCCCCGUCUUGCUAGCCUCUCUGGGGGUGGGGCUGCUUACUCUGCUCGGCCUGGCUCUGGGUACUUACUUGGUUCGAAGAUCCCGCCGGCCGCAGGUUACUCUUCAGGACCCGGAUGAGAAGUACCUGCUGCGGUUGCUAGACAAGACGACAGUGAGCCACAACACCAGGAGGUUCCGCUUUGCCCUGCCCACCGCCCACCACAUUCUGGGGCUGCCUGUGGGUAAGCACGUCUACCUCUCUGCUCGGAUUGAUGGCAGUCUGGUUAUCAGGCCUUACACUCCUGUUACCAGUGAUGAAGACCGAGGCUAUGUAGACCUUGUCAUCAAGGUUUAUCUGAAAGGUGUGCACCCCAAAUUUCCUGAAGGAGGGAAGAUGUCUCAGUACCUGGAUAGCUUGAAGAUUGGGGAUGUGGUAGAGUUCCGGGGACCGAGUGGGUUGCUCAGUUAUGCUGGGAAAGGGAAUUUUAACAUUCAGCCUAACAAAAAAUCUCCACCUGAACUUCGAAUGGCGAAGAAAUUGGGAAUGAUUGCUGGUGGGACAGGAAUCACCCCAAUGCUGCAGCUGAUCCGGGCCAUCUUGAAAGUCCCUGAAGAUCCAACCCAGUGCUUUCUGCUUUUUGCCAACCAGACUGAAAAGGACAUAAUCCUACGAGAGGACCUAGAAGAACUGCAGGCCCAAUAUCCUGAUCGCUUUAAGCUCUGGUUCACUCUGGACUAUCCUCCCGAAGACUGGACCUACAGCAAGGGCUUUGUUACUGCUGACAUGAUCCAGGAGCACCUGCCCGCCCCAGCAGAGGAUGUACUGCUGCUGCUCUGCGGGCCACCACCGAUGGUCCAGCUGGCCUGCCACCCUAACCUGGAUAAGCUGGGCUAUUCACAAAAGAUGCGGUUCACCUACUGAGCAUCGAGAAGCCUCCCUACCUGAUCCCAUGUGUGCAGUUGUCCCUAGUCAAUUCUUGAACACCAAGAGGCCUGGGGCCUUUGCUGAGAGCAUCAGCCUUUUGUGUCUCAUCCCAGUAUCUGGAUGCUUGCAGAAACAACACUCCCUCAGCUAUGGUAGAUGCAGGUCAAAGCUAAGUCGCUCCCUUGAAGCUCCCUUUAUCCUAAUCUCCUUAUGAUAAAAGGUCCACAUGAGGCGCAAGGAACAGUCUCUAGGGCCAGAAAGAAGGGAGCAUGUACAUUUGUUAUAAGGCUGCCUAGUUUUUUGAGAGCAUCAUGGUCACCUCUGUGUCUGUGAUGAAAGGAAUGGACUGGGCAAUACAUUUUGCUCCAUAUUCAGCACUUCAUCCACUACUUGUAUGAGUACAGAUUGAGUGGGCUUAUAGACACAGCCCUACAGAAACUGUAGGAAAGGAAUUGUUUUCCUGAAUUCUAAACCUCAGAGAAAGGAGGCGGACAUUAUAUAUACACACAUACAUAUAUAUACGUACAUAUAUAUGUAUAUAUAUUUGUGUGUGUGUGUGUAUGUGUGUGUGUAUGUAUGUGUGUAUGUGUGUGUAUGUGUGUUUGUGUAUCUCAGCCCCUGCCCAGGCUGGAGUGAAAUGGUUACCCACAACUUAAGAUUGCUGCUUAUACAAGGAAUAUCUGGCUGUUCAAAUAAAUGGAGCUGAGGCCCUGAUGAUCUCAAGGA